AUGGGGCACGACAUCGCUUCCUCUCCCCUUGCAGGUCUGUGGUGCAAGAGCCUCCUUCAGGAUUACGCCGACGCCUGCCGGGAUGUGGCCCUUGGCUUCAAGGAGCAGCCUGGGAAAGCCGGACUCUACCUCUCGCUGCUGGCCGGAGCCACCGUCUGCAGCCUCCACGUCCCCUGCGACGCCUCGUUCGAGUCCUCCCUCCUCGAAGCCUCGGGCACCCUCCUCCUGCUCUCCCCCUGGAUCCGGAAUGGCAGCUCCGAGGGACACGUCCAGCGCCUGAUGAAGCUCCGGAACCAGGGGCGUCUGCGCUACCAGAGCCUGGUCUUCUUCUCCCUCGUCUACCAGGCCCCCUUUGAUGCGGAAGCGGCUCUGUACCAGGCUCACUGCAAACACCUGAAGCCGCGCUGGACGGACUUUCCCGCCCGGAUCCUGGACGUGGGGUUCUUGGGCCGCUGGUGGGUUUUAAGUUCGAAAAUGAAGGAUUCCGACAUCAACGAAGAGGAAUUCAAGUAUCUCCCUGAGCAUCUCAGGACCAUCUCCUCCCGGAACCUCCACUCGGCGGCCAACGAAAAACUCUUUGACGAGAAAUACAAACCCGUCAUCCUGACAGAGGAGCAGAUUGAGCGGGCGGAAAAGGAGGAGCGGCAGCCACUUCAGGGAGCCUUAAACCAAUGAUCUGAACAAAGAGACUUCCGGUUUCGGUGGGCUCCCGGGGCCGGUCGGUCUGGGAGCUGGCGCUGGGUGGGGGGGAGAUGAAAUACAAAAAGAAUCCGGUAAUGAAAUAUAAUUGUGCUCAUGGCCCAACUGUGCUGAACUCAAUAAAUCAGUUCUGUGAGUUUUCCAGUCACCGAUGAGCUGUUCCUGGGAUCCGUUAGCCACUGGCUCCCCUUAACUCGCGGUCGCCAUGCUGGCCCGAUGUUGGGCGUUCCAGUCUAAGGCUGGUCCGUAUAAAGGAGCUGUAUCCAAGAAGGUUCCUCAGUCACGGGCCUGGCUCUAAAGAACGGCCAGCCUGGGUCAGACCAAAGGUCCAUCUAGCCCCGUGUCCUGUCUGCCGACAGUGACCGGUGCCAGGUGCCCCAGAGGGAAUGAACGGAACA